CAGCUCCAGCACAUGACAGCUCCUGCAAGCUUUGACGUGUUGAGGUUGUGCGCAUGCGCACUAGCUGCCCGCUGCACAGCGGCUCGCGCAGCUGUCGCAGCGGCGGAAUGCGCGUCCGUUACGGAUCCGUGACUCAGCGGGUCUUUUCUAUUUGUUGAGUGGGUGAAGCCGAGAUUCUGGGCUCGGUUCGGGGCUGCUGAGACCAUGUCUCCGGCACCAUGACGGUCGCCGGGACCGUUUCGGACACAAAGUUCUUCGGUCGCCAUGGCCUCUGGACGCGCCGGCUCCGCGGCGCGGAACGCUGAGAGCCACAAGUGCUUCUCGCUGCUCUUCUACCGGGCCGUGCGGGACCUGAAGCCGGUCUGGAUGCUGGAGGACAUGCGAACCAUGGAGGCGUUCUACCUGGAGGACGACGCCGGCCAGAGGAUCUUCAGCCCGUCGGAGGCGCUGCUGUACGCCAUCGUCCACGACCACCAGGCGUACGCCCAGUACCUGCUGACCCGGUACGGCGAGGCGGCGCUGGCAGAGCCGGGGGAACGCUUCUGCUGCUGCCCGUCCUCCGCCCCGCACCUCACCAUGGCGGUGCGCUAUGACCGGCGCUACAUUCUCGGCCUCAUCCUGCAGGAGAGCCGCCGGGUGCCGGGGUACGCAAGCGCAGACGGCCGCUUCCGAACCCCACUCCACCUGGCAUGCGAGCUGCUGCGGCCCGAGGCGGUCAUCAUGCUGCUGGGCAGCGGAGCGUGCGCCAGCGCGCAGGAUCACGACGGCGUCACCCCGCUGGACGUGGUUCUGGAGAAACUCAGGGACUCCUCGGUGCUGGACGGAGAGGAGGCCCGGCGGUGUCUGGACCAUCUGCUCAUGUUCAUGCCAAAGGUCCGCUUUAAACUGAAGGAGGUUCUGGGCAAGACUCCGGAGGUCUGGAGCAAAGUUCUGGGCGAGGAGACCUAUAAGUACCUAGCGGGUCAGAGCCCCGCUCCGCUGGCCGUCAGCACCAUGCAGACCAUCCUGCAGCAGCUGAGUCCGGACACGUUCCCGGCCAGCUUGUCCGAACUCCCCAUCCCGUCCUGCCUCAAGCCGCUGGGUCUCCCCGUGAGUCCGCGGGACCAGCAGCGCGUUUAGACCCGGAGUCGGGUCAUGCUGCGUGCGCGCGUCAAUACUGCUGCAUGGUGUGUGCGUGCGUGCGUGUGAUUUCUGGGCUUCAUGAAUAAAUAGUACAAACCCAA